CGGAGAGCGAGGGAAAUCGUGGAUAAGAUGCAGAUAGCAUACGCGAGUGUGUUUCAACCCCGCGCGGCAUUCGAUGGGAAGAAAAACUUGUAUUCUUCCAAAGAAAUUGCUCCCGGCGGAUCUAUCUCGGUAGGUUCCCCGACUUGCAUGCCUGCAGAUUUUGCUUCGGCUCUUAACCUGGUUCAGAUGCUAAUAAUGCAGGCGCCGAUGCUACAUUCGAAGACAUACAAUGCCAGGGCUGUGUUUUCUUCUAUUGGGGCCAGGCCUCUCGGGGGCGGACUGGAGAUUUGGCCCGGAUUUUUCCAUUAUGCCCCGGGGCCCCUCAUUUCAUUUGUUCUAGAUUUUCUCAAAAUGACCGUUCAAGACCUCGCUAAUUUAGAUCCUUUGAGUUCUCGAUGGAAGCUUCUGCGAGCGACGUUGCACAAAGUGAGGAUCACUGUUGACGUGCCUGUCGGGCGACGAUCCCGUCCAAUCAAAGACCUCGUUCCGCGAGGCGGACUCUAUACAUUCAAAAAGGGCGACAGGACUCUGACAGUCAAGGAUCACUAUCUGGAGGAGCAUAAUAAAACCCUUAGCUAUCCACGAAUCUUUGGUGUCCGCAUGCCAGGCAAACAUGACGUCGUACUGCCUGCGGAGAUUUGCAGCAUUGAACUUGGUCAGAUGUUCAAGAGGAAAGCCCCUAGCGACAUCAUGCCCAAGGUUCUCGAUUUUGCUAGCAAGCGGCCUCUCGACCGCCUCCGUGCAAUCGAAGACGCGGCAUCGGGCUCGGUGUUGAACUAUGCGCAGUCAGAUUUCGUUGGUCUCGCGGGGAUGAAGAUCUCGACUACUCCUUUGAAGGUUGCUGGUCUCAUCAUGACACCCCCGAUGAUUGGAUUCGGGAAUGACCUGGGCUCCUGGAACGCAGUCAGACGAAAAUUCUAUAAACCAGGACGUGCCACGGGCUUGGCUGUCGUCGACUUCUCCCUUGGUCCCUACGAUGUCUUGAAAAGAUUCGUGGAUGAUCUCGUCAACUGUUGUAAUAGAUUGGGUAAGAGUGUGUUAGAUUAUGAUUGCUUGCGCAUCAGUUUCACUUUGUGUGCAUUCCAACUCCCUCCUCUAACAUUUAACAGAUACGCAAAGUGCGUCACCAGACCCAACACAGCUCGCUCUUGUCCAAGGCCCCAUUGCAGGGAAUAUACAUCAACUAUGGCCACAUACCGUCCGAAUCUGCUUGUUAUCAUCUUACCGGACGUAGCUGCUGAAGCUAGAGAGGCGGUCAAGUUGUGGAGUGAUACAGCAGCCGGUAUUCCAACGCAAUGCAUGGUAGAAUUCAUAACUACUUUAAUUAAUGCUAGAAUGGGAGGCGUCAAUUUUAUUCCAAGAAUGCCGAUCUCGACUAUGAUUCGGAACACUCCAGGGCUCACAAUCGUUGGUGCCGAUGUGGGUCACCCUGGCCCCGGGAUAGACAGACCAUCCAUUACUAGCCUCGUAGCCUCGUACGAUGCGGACCUUUCCCGGUAUACAGCAUUCACCAACGUGCAGAACCCGAGACAAGAGAUCAUUGCAGAUCUGAAGGACAUGAUGCUGGGUGCCUUCCGGCGUGUCUGGAAUUGCAGAGGCCGAGCUCAAACGAUGUUCCCUCGAUGUGUUGUCUUCUUCCGAGAUGGCGUUUCAGAGGGCGAAUUUGCGCAGGUGGUGACGUUUGAAACGGUAGCCAUACAAGGUAAAGAGUUUCGCGAGGAAGCGGGAGCGCCCAAAGAGUUGACUCUCAAGCUCCAAUUCGUCGUGGUCGGCAAAAGACAUCACUUCAGGUUCUUCCCUGAUGAUCAAGCACCCGGCCAUGGUACCGAUAAGAGUGGAAACUUGCAGCCAGGUCUGGUGGUCGACUCGGGGAUCACAAAUCCGUUCAUAACCGACUUCUAUCUGCAGUCCCAGGGCGGCUUGAAAGGCACAAGCCGCCCUGCUCACUAUAUCGUACUUAAAAAUGGCCUCAAGAUGGUACCUGCUCAGAUGUACGAACUAUCAUAUUUUCUCUGCCAUGUCUAUGCCAGAGCCACACGGUCUGUAUCCAUACCCGCCCCUGUCUACUAUGCUGAUCUUGUCUGCACGCGUGCGCGGAUGUAUUUCGAAGGGCCCGUCUUGGAACUCGCGUCGGAGGCCGGUGCCAGCAUCGAUGGCGCGCCAUUCGACCUGGACGAAUGGAAGCGAGGCUUUAGGGGCAUCCACGACAAUAUCAGAGACCAAAUGUUCUUCCUGUGA